UAUCAGAUUUUUUUAAUGUUUCCACGUUAAGAGGCAUCUGUCCUUAAAUCUGUAGAAAUGUUCUUCGCAGUUUAUUUCCAGUGAAUGUUAAAACUGUAACUCAGAUGAAUAAAGCCACUCUGUUUAGUAGCAUAUAAAGAUGUAUAUCUGCAUGUGUAACUCUUGAGGAGGAAAAGGGCAGAUUCUUUAACGGAACCACCAAACUAAUGAUGUUUUCCCUUUUUGUUCCAGGCCCUCGGUCGCUGUAGAGAGAGAGAGGGAACAGCCAUGCGUCUGCUGUGAUAAUGGAUCACAACAGGAGAGGCAGGAAACGAAAUGAAAGACACGGCAACUUUCACAACGUGGAGGAGCCUGAGUACGAUGUGGUGGAUGACCAGGAGCAAGUGGUUCAUGUGCGCAUACUUGCUGCGAGGCGCAUAAAUGAUGAGAGAGAGUAUGCAGACAGGGAUCUCCCGAGGUCAUCAACGGCUCAAAGCCUCUCAUCACUCUGCACUGGUAAAGCCAACAUCCUGCCAAGACAAAUCCCACUUGUUUCAGCCACCGGACCUGCAGUAAACAGAGAUCUGAAGCCAGGCAGAAGAAAGAUCAGAUUAGAAAAGAGGUUUUCACCUGUGAUCCCAGGAGAGCAGCGCUCUCGCAGGCCAUCUCCAUCAUCUCCAAUAGAGAUAGAGAAGCACUUGCCUGGGCUGACUAUACGCGAAUCCUGCUGGAGAGAUGGACAGAGACCAACUAAAAAAGCUGAAUUCAGUUCACUUACCAAAGGUCUACAGCGUGCUGAAAGUGUUUCAUCCCUUCAUACCAAUCUCAAACAUUGUCUGGAUUUUGAAACUCAUAAUAUAAAAACAAGGACACAACAAAGUCUAGAUAGGGUGCGAUCAAAGCGUCAUCACGAGUGGCCUCAAACUAAAGAAGACUUUGACCAACAUGACUUUGUUCCAAAGGGAAAACCUCAACAGACCUCCAGUGAAGAAGACUGGUAUGUUGGGGCUUGUUCUCGAGCCGAUGCCGAGCACGCCUUACACCUGGUGAACAAGAACGGAGCCUUUUUAGUGCGAGACUGCUCCACCAACACCAACAGGGAGCCCUUGGUGUUGGCCGUGUAUCACGAGAAGAAGGUUUACAAUAUCAAAAUCCGGUUCGUCGAGAGCUCCGGCAAGUUCGCCCUGGGAACGGGACAGAGAUCCAAUGAAAUGUUUGACUCCGUGGCAGACAUCAUCAAGAUUCACACCAUCUUCCCAAUAAUACUCAUCAGCGGGAGAAGCAUGCCCGGAAGCAAAUGCCCUGAAAACUGUGUGUUGACGUGUCCCAUAACGAAAAAGGAAGUUGUCCAACUGCUGCAAUAACAUGUGAAUCAUGCCAGUGAAGAUAAUCUGCUCAAUGGUAAAAAGAAAAUUUUAACAAAUGUUUUAGCUCAUAUCUUAGUGGACCUAAAGAUGUCUUGACUGUUAAUGAAACAAACUGGAUUGGUAGAAUAUAUUUAUUGUUUGUAUAGUAAUAAAGCAAACCGAGAGCGUUUACAUAUUCUAAUGUUCCUCUAAUAUUUACAAGCUUUUGUGUAACCACGUCCAUUGUGUUCAUACUUUCCCUAAAUGUCUAUUAAGACUCUAUUAGGCCAAAGUCUUUAAUUGGACCUGAUUCAGACCCAGAUGAAAACAAUGAGCUCAUAUCUGCUGCUCGUGACGAAUGGCUGGAUGGGUCGGCUGUCAAGCUCCACCGAACACAAUGCUUCAACAUUCUUUCGUGAGCUCUUUGCACUUUAGUGCUGCAGUUAUGUAUUUCAGAGAGAAUAAUCUUCAAAACAGCUUACCACCAAUGCCAUCUGGUUGGAAGCCCAAACAUCCACUGAAGUUCAUGAUGAGCGUGUUGGGAAGAAGAUGAGUAUAACAACUGUGAAAAGUGUUUGCCAUCAAAUUUAAAAAGUAUGUACCUUUACAAUUAUUUCCAUUAUCAAUUAAUCUGAUGAUUUUGCUAUUUUUGGUUUCAUUCAUGUGCCAACUGUCAAAAAACACAACGAAAAUCCCGUUCGAGACGAGCAACAAAACUCAUCUGAGAAGCUGGACGAAGGAACUAUAUUCACCCUUUUUUAUUGUUAUGACCCCUUUUCGGUCUGGGGGAUAAGUGGAGGGACGAUCACGUGGCAGUCAAAGAAUGUGAAAAGAGGUCAAAAGUAGGAGUAACGGUUUCAAAUAACAUUUAUUCUCAUGCGGUUAACACAAAAAACAAAUAAAGUGGGAGAGGUUGGGACAGUUGUGGUUGUGCCAAACAAAUAGAAAUCAAGAUAACUGUAAUGAGGGGAGCUACAAGCAGAGUGCAGCGUAAGAUAUAUAGAUAGUGGAUGUCUACGACGAUGCGCACUACGUCCACUGCUAUCAUAAUAAUCAUACAUAUCUCGACUGAAUUAUAUCAGUAAAAUGUCCUUUAUUAUGUAAAAGUGUUGAAAUAAACGUUACAUAUGUAACUGCAAACUAGUAAUGCGUAUUUGAUACCUUUUUUGCAUUGAAUCCCUGGAAUGUUGGCUGAAAUUGAUCAGAUGGCCCCACCAACAAACAAAAGAAAUCCACCAGCCGCUACUGGGGAGCACCAACCAAUAGUCUAAUGUGUCUAGACACAAAGUA